AUGUUGAGAGCCGUAGUGCUCGACCGUGGAGGAAACUGGGAGCCAGUACUACCACUUAUAAAGUUUGCUUACAACAACAGUUAUCAGGCAACUAUAAAUAUGGUCCCGUAUGAAACACUUUAUGGAAAGAAAUGUAGAUCACCGCUUUACUGGGAUGAAGUCGGCGAGAGAAAGAUUCUUGGACCGGACUCUGUGGAAGAGAUGAUAGAAAUUGGCCGACAGAUCCGAGAAAGAAUCAAGGAAGCUCAAGAUAGGCAAAAAUCUUACGCAGAUGCUCGCAGAACCGAUCUACAGUUCAAGGUGGGAGACAAAGUUUUCCUGAAAGUAUCUUUGUUGGCACUUCCGCCGAGCUUCGGAAAUGUGCACAACAUUUUUCAUGUAUCACAAUUGAGAAAAUAUGUGUUCGACCCCAAACACGUAGUCCACCAAGAAGAAAUGGUGUUAGGACCAGAUUUGAGCUAUGAAGAAAAUCCAGAAGCAAUCUUGGAUCGGAAAGUAAAAGAGUUGAAGAAUAAAGCUAUUGUAACAGUGAAAGUCCUAUGGAAGCAUCAUGGUCACGAGAAAGCUGCGUGGGAGCUUGAAGACAAAAUGAAAGAGAAGUACUUGGAGCUUUUCGAAUGA